GCGCGGGGUCGCGAGUUCUCACCUUCGCUGGCGGCCGCGGGCAUGGCGGCCGAGUCCCCUCCGCCGCUGAAGCCUAGGGCGCUGCCCGUGUUCAGCGACGAGGGCUUCGGCGAUAAAUUCCUGCGCAAGACCCGCGAGAAUCCACUGGUGCCCAUCGGCUGCCUCUGCACUGUCAGCAUCCUCAUCUACGGACUGAUCAGCUUCAAGAGGGGCAACACCCGCCACUCGCAGCUGAUGAUGCGGGCACGUAUCCUGGCCCAGGGCUGCACCUUCGCGGCACUCCUGGGAGGCAUGGUGGUCACAGCCAUGAAAUCUAAGAAGUGAAAUCAGUCAAGAGAGACGCUGUGGGUGUGGGUGAGCACCCACCAGCCUGUCCCCCAGCCGGUAGGAUGGAAUCUGGCUGUAGAUGGAGAUUUCGGAGAGACAGUUGUGAUGUCUUGAUGGAGCCAAGUAAUACACCUCUGUGAUUAACCUGAAAUCUGGGCCGUGGCAUUUUUUUGAUUCCCUGAGAACUUAUCCACCUGCAAGACUGGAAGCUGUGUCCCACUAAAGCUCUCUGCCCCCCUAAGACCUCUGGUCCGUGCUUGGUGCUGUCACAGUCUGCUAAAACUGUCCUGUGGGUCGUGGUCUGCACUGAGGUGUGGGUUUAGCCAGUUGGUGCCCCAGCACUUGAGAAACGAGCUGCCCAGGAGGAAGGAACAGCUCUGUUUAUGGCUUGAUCCUGGCAAGACAGAGUUCAUAAGCAGCAGGUGAGUUGUUUGGGGAGAAGCUGUA